ACAGCGCAACAUUUCGGCUUCGGUAGUGCGGUGUUUACAAAAUUCGUAUGGAAGUCAGGUUCUUAUCGAGCAUUAUAGAGUGGUACUGUUGGUGGCGGAAAUAAAUUGAAAAAAAUCCGCGUUCCGCAUGCCGUUCCGAGCACAAAUCGACUCUUAAAUCAUUUUUAGUAUAGUCGCGUUGCUUCCCCUAUCGGUAAGAUUGGUAAACAUCUCUUGAUACUGCCAUUAGUGUCCUCUAGAAAAUCGGAAAGCAUGGAGCGCAAUCACCGGGAAGAUCAAUGCAACGAAAUUGAAGCGCUCGAUUCGAUCUACUGCGGAGAGCUGGAAGUGCUAGCAACGGAACCUUUACAUCGGUUCAAACUUCCCAUUGCCACCACCGAAUACGAUCCAGAAGUGGAAACAGAAGGAUUGUCUUGUAAGCUGGUGUUUACCUAUACGGAAGAAUAUCCGGACACUGCGCCACUGGUAGAAAUCGAAGAUCCGGAAAAUUUUCGUGAUGGGUACGAAAAAGGUCUGUUGGAGCAUAUUCAAGAAACGAUCCAAGAAAAUAUUGGCAUCGAAAUGAUUUUUUCGUUGGUGAGCUCCGCACAAGAGUGGCUCAAUUGCAAAUACGACGAACUGAAGAAUGAAGCCGAAAAUGAGAAAGAGGAAGCAAAGCGACGUCUGGAGGAAGAGGAACGCAAAAAGUUCGAAGGCACUCGCGUUACAGUGGAAUCGUUUAUGGUGUGGAAAACCAAUUUCGAGCGGGAUAUGGGAAUCACGGAGCGGAAAGAAAAGAUUCUCGGCGAAACGCGGAAGCUUACUGGGAAAGAGCUGUUCCUCCAGGAUAAUACUCUCAACGAAUCCGAUCUUAAGUUCCUUAUGGAUGCAGGAGAACCUAUCGAGAAUGUGCGAAUCGAUGAGUCCCUGUUCCAGAACAUUGAAGAUCUUGAACUGGACUCGGACGAUGAUGACGAUGAAGAUUAUGUGCCGGACGAAAAAUAAAACGGGGAGCGAAAAGCGUGUCGGUCUGUGGAAUCGUUAUUUGAAUGUUUUUUUUUUUAUAUUUACUUGCUUAGGACCUUAAAAAUGUGAAAGGGCAUGUUUAACAAAACAAGUAUCGAUUGAAGUCGGAAAAAAUAUU